GAAGAAAAUUCGAGAGAGUGCCGGCAUUUUCUAGAUUAUAUGGAUUUCCUCUCUGCCAAGAGUAUAAAUAGCCACUAGUUGGGCACCGCGCUCUCAGUUUAAAAAAACCAAACAAACAGCUAACAACUCGAAGAAAAUCAAAUAAACUAAAAUUUCGCCAGCUAAGAAUAAAAUUGCAAAGUAAAAAAAAGGAUUGAAACUUAACACGACAAGAUUAUUUUGAAAGUAUAAAAAAGAUAACAAAUAGCUGGAAUUUCAUCAGAUUAAACAAAUUGACAUAAGAAGUCUAAAGCGUUCAAUCAAGUUACCAUAUCAAAUACAAUGCGUUCCUUACCGAUGUUUUGGCGAAUGGCCGAGGAGAUGGCCCGGGUGCCACGCCUCUCGUCGCCCUUCCACGCCUUCUUCCACGAGCCGCCCGUUUGGAGUGUGGCGCUACCGAGGAACUGGCAGCAGAUUGCCCGCUGGCAGGAGCAGGAGUUCGCCCCGCCGGCCACCGUUAACAAGGAUGGCUACAAACUCACCCUGGACGUCAAGGACUACAGCGAGCUGAAGGUCAAGGUGCUGGACGAGAGCGUUGUCCUGGUGGAGGGCAAAUCGGAGCAGCAGGAGUCCGAACAAGGUGGCUAUAGCUCCAGGCACUUCCUCCGACGCUUCGUCCUGCCGGAAGGAUACGAGGCGGAUAAGGUGACUUCGACUCUGAGCAGCGACGGCGUCCUCACCAUCAGUGUUCCCAAUCCUCCAGCCGUGCAGGAGACACUCAAGGAGCGAGAGGUGACCAUCGAGCAGACUGGCGAGCCGGCAAAGAAGUCCGCCGAGGAGCCCAAUAAUAAAGCCAGUCAAUAGAGAUAAGUCGAUAUUGUACUGAAACUGAUCAAACGCUAGUGAACCCCUAUGUUUAGAUAUUCCAACACCUUUCAAAUGUUAUUUCUUCUUAAAUUAACAAGCUAAUUUUAAAACAAUUGUGAUUCGGUAGCCCGCAAGCCCAACAUUGUUAUGUAGAAGAAAAUAAAUAUUAAACAACAA